GCGACGGUUGAGUACGUUUAAGUAGUCAUUCCUAUUCUGGCGGUUCCAUCCUCUUCUUGGCUCGGGCACAGAGAAGAGGGCAACAGGUCCUCGCGGGCCCGCUGGCUUCUCUCCGUACGGGCUGCAGCUGCCCCGCGGUGUGCACUGGUCCCCGACCCAUAGGCGGGCCAGCGGGGCGGGCUCUCGGGACUCCAACCCGGUGGUCUCCGCAGCCGGGUUUUAAAUAAUUCAUGAGCCGGGCCCAGCGAGCGGGACAGUGAGGGGAGGGGUCUGCGGCGGCGGUGACGAGGGCCGGAGCUGGAGCGGGACCCCGGCGCGCGAGAUGUUGCCUUGAGUGAAUGACUCCCUUGAAGGAAGCUCUUCUGUGUCCCUUGCUGCGAGCCAGCCCUGCCAGGAAGAAGACUCGGCAGGUCCAGAGCCACUAGACCUCUUCUGCACAGGAAGCACCCUGUCCUUCCCAAGGCUUCCAGAAGCUGCCUCAUGCUCAGGGGAUCUUGCUAGCUAUGGCCUUUCUGCUUGCUGCGCUGCUGCUGCUGGGGCUUUGUGGGAAUACCAUCUCCGGAGGGGAGUCUCCCCCAACAGACACUUCUGGCUCGUUGAAUUUUGAAUUGCCUACAUCGAAAUAUGAGACCCCAGACACCUACACAGCUGGGUCCAUAGGCGCGCUCUUCCAAAUGGUGCACAUCUUCCUCCACAUGGUGCAGCCCAACGAUUUCCCUGAAGAAUCCAUCAGAAAAAUCAUACGGAAGAACUUUGAUCUCUCAACUGAUUAUAAUGAGAUCGCCUACUAUGAGAUCGGCAUUAUCAUAUGUGCUUUCCUGGGGCUGUUAUUUAUUAUUCUGGUACCUGUGGUGGGUUAUUUCUUUUCCAUAUGUCGUUGCUGUAACAAAUGUGGUGGAAAAAUGCAUCAGCGAGAGAAGGAGAACGGGCCCUUCCAGAGGAAGUGCUUCGCCGUCUCCCUCCUGGUGAUCUGUGUGCUCAUAAGCAUUGGCAUCCUCUACGGCUUUGUGGCCAAUCACCAGGUGAGACACCGGAUCAAAAGGACUCAGAAGCUGGUUGUGAGCAACUUCAAAGACCUGCGGACCCUCCUGAAUGAAGCGCCGCAGCAAAUCGACUAUAUCGUGGCUCAGUUCAACACCACCAAAGAGAGGGCCUUCUCAGAUCUGGACGGUAUUCAUUCAUUGCUGGGAGGUGGAAUUCUGGAGCGACUAAAACCUAAGGUGAUCCCUGUUCUUGAUGAGAUUCAGGCCAUAGCCACAGAAAUCAAAGAGACCAAGGAGGCCCUGGAGGACAUGAGCCAGAAUCUGCAGAGCCUGAAGGACGGAAGCGCACAGCUCAGCAGCAGCCUGGCAACUGUGAAGGACAGCAUGCAGGAGUCCCUGAGGAGCCCCGAAUGCCUCCUGCCACAAAUAAGUGAAGUCUGCAAGAGCAUUGAGUCGUCUCUCAGCCAGCUGGAGAGCAACCCCGACUUGAGUUCGCUUCCACCUGUGGACAAAGAACUUGAAAAUGUUAAUAAUGUUUUUAAAAAUGAUUUGAGUGGCCUGGUCCAAAAGGGCUACACAUCCUUCAACGACAUACCUAAGAGGGUGAAAAGCCAAACCACGCCCAUGGUAGCAGAAAUCAAAAAUGUCUUAAAUAACCUUGGUGACACUGUCAAUGACGUAGCCAAAGACAUUCCUAUUCAGGACUCUCUGUCAGAGUUCAGCGAUCGCAUCGAUUCUGUUGAAAGACAAGUCCACCAGAGGUUGCAUAAGGCGGAGGAAAUUGACUCCUACUGGUGGCUGUGUGGCUUGAUCGUCUGCUUUCUGCUGUCACUCAUCGUGACUUUCUUUUACCUGGGCUUGCUGUGUGGCAUCUGUGGCUAUGACAAGCACGCCACCCCAACCACUAGAGGCUUCGUGUCCAACACAGGAGGUAUCUUCCUCAUGGUUGGGGUUGGAUUGAGUUUCCUUUUUUGCUGGAUAGUCAUGAUCCUCGUGGUUGUUUCUUUUGUCAUUGGUGUAAAUGUGGAAAAACUCGUCUGCGAACCUUACGCAAACAGGAAGUUAUUCCGGAUUUUGGAUACUCCCUACUUACUAAAUAAGAACUGGAAAUACUACGUCUCUGGCAUGGUUCUUAAAAAAUCAGAUAUCGAGCUCACUUUUGAACAAAUUUACAGCGAUUGCAAAAACAGUAGAGGAAUUUACUCCACAUUUCGACUCGAGAACCGCUUCAACAUCAGUGAUAGUCUCGACAUUCAGAAGCACACUGGCAACAUAAACAGUCGAUUUGAAAAUAUGGAUGUUAAACUUCAUGGCAUUGUUCUUCUGGACGAGGCAGGAAGUAAAAUCAUUCAGGACUUCGCUAAUAGUGGAAUCGACAAAAUAGAGUACAACACCUACUUGGCUCAGAGUAAAAAAUCCCCUGGGAAAGUGAAUCUUUUAUCCUUUUCCUAUGAACUGGACGCAAAAGCGGACCAUCUGCCCCCUGGAGAGUUAAAAGAGUCCAUGAAGGCAAAUGCAGGAACUAUCAGAGCAAUUCAUGAGCAUCAAGUGGUUCCCAUGUUGCAGACAGAGAACAACCUACAACAAAAGAUCAAGAUACUUAAACACACGAGCAAGGGACUGUCAGGGAAAGUGACCAAGAUCCUGUUUGCUUUGGAAUCUGUUCAGCACUUCAUAACAAACAAUAUUUCCUCCAUUGUUGUGGAAGAAACUAAGAAGUAUGGGAGAACAAUACUGGGAUAUUUUGAACACUACCUACAGUGGGUGGAGCUGGCUGUCACUGAGAAGAUGGUGUCCUGCAAGCCCGUGGCCACCGCCAUGGAUUCUGCCAUUAAAGUGAUUCUGUGUGGCUUCGUUGUAGACCCUCUGAAUUUGUUUUGGUUUGGCAUAGGAAAAGCUACUUUCCUUCUACUUCCGGCUUUAAUUAUCGCUGUAAAGCUGGCCAAGUACUACCGCCGAAUGGACUCGGAGGAUGUGUAUGAAGAUGUUGAAACUGUACCCAUGAAAAAUAUGGAAAAUGGUAAUAAUGGUUAUCAUAAAGAUCAUUUAUAUGGUGUUCACAAUCCUGUUAUGACAAGCCCAUCACAUUAUCAGUAACUGAUGUUGAAAUUGCUUGAGCAUCAAGACGCACAACGUGGAAAGAAUCAGGCCGCUGAACUUUCCAGAUCCAGAAGGAGCUCUGGUGGCAACACAGUGACUCAGGAGGGCUUGUUGGUCUCUGGGGUAGAGCUUUGUUAGGAAUGAACACAGUCACCUUCAUAGUCUGUGUGUCCAUCACUAUUCAAGGAUAAUCUCCUCUCCCGCUUAUUAUUAUUUUUUUUACACUGAAUUUCUAUUUAGACACCAUACCAUAAGGGUCGGGACACAUUUCUAUGUCAACCAGCCCAACAGAUGUGAUACUGGGUUUCUAAGUGACUUCCAUAGUUGGAGUGUGCUGGACACUUACAGUUUACAGAAAACAUGUAUUUUGUGUAUAGUAGAUUGUAUAUAUACCUUUUACCACAGCCAGGAUUUUUUUAAAAAAAUGAGUAUUGUAAGGUUUUCUUCUAAAUGAGCUUACCAUUGGGUCAGGGUUGAUUUAUUGGUGCUGUUGCAAAUGAUCCAUAUUCACUAUAAGUAGGUGAAACCUACAGUAUGUGCUUCCCCAAGGAUUUGCAUUUGCUUUGUCAAUGAUUGGUCACGGUGUUUGGGAACAGAAUGCAAAAGCACUCACAGGGAACCCCGCUUUGCUACACUAGCAAAUUCAAAACAGAGAGAUCUUGAGAGAAGGAAAUGCUGUUUGUCAGAAAGUAGAGCUAUCUUAACAGACGCCGAGUGCAGCCUCCACUUGAAUCGCAUCUUCUGAUUAAGGAUGAGCAUUAACUGGAUGUCAUCUGAUUAUUGUGGGAGGGGAUUCUAAAAUGAAACAGGGGAAGACCCUGUCAUGGUUCUUAGAUCUGGUGUCCAACAUGAAUAAAGCCUUCAUGCUCUGUCCUUAAAAAUAUAUGAAAGCACUGUUUUGGUUUAUUCACAUUGGAUUUGCCUUUUUCAAAAGUGAUAAGCAAUGAAAUACUGUCAAACCAAAGUAGCAGAAAUGUCAUGACAUUCAAGAUGUAGGCUUUCUACCAAGUUCUUCAUGUCCUGAUCACUGUCCUGAUUCAUUUCAAUAAAAGGGGACUUGGAAAACGUGGUCCGUGUGUUGCUUCCUUGAGAGACCCAGACUGUCAAAUUCUAAGCAAUGGAAGGUGGCCUGGGGUUGUCUGUUUAUUCACUACUUUUCCAUCACCCAGUGCCCAUAGUACAGUGGGAAUGCAUAGUUGGGAUCAACAUCCCACUUCCUCAAAGUCAGCUCUCUUUUAGGUCCUCAGUUUUACUGAUCUCAAAUUACUGCUUCUUUAUAGUCUAAGCAGCAAUAUCUACACUCAGAUCACCCAGCAUGGGCUAACUACACACACACUCCUAAACAUCUGUGUGCAAAAGUG